CCACAUCUUCCCCCCUCCCUCCUUCUUCCCUCGAAGACAAAUACCCCGACCACACCUACUCACACGACCUUGUCACACCGGACUACACUAGUAGGACAGUAGUGAUCACACACUUGUUCCCCCUCUUCCCUUUGCUCCUCCCUACUCGCACAACUCUGCCAACCUCAUCAUGUCGUCCAAGGCUAUCCGCGAGUUUGAUGCCAAGCUCCUGGUAAACUACUGGCUGCCUCGCUCCCCCGCCGCUCACCCCUCCAUCGAGGCUUCCACCUCCUUCAUUGCACCUGCACCAAAGGUCGCACAGGUCGCAUGGGAUGCCCAGUCCAACACCAUCACAUCCGAUGCCACACUCCCCUCAUGGGUAAAGAACACCAAGCUCGUCGCAAAGCCUGACCAGCUCAUCAAGCGACGAGGAAAGGCAGGACUUCUCAAGCUCAAUGCCGACUGGGAGGACGCAAGGCAAUGGAUCUCAGACCGGGCUGGUAAGCCCCAGAAGGUCGAGGCAGUGACAGGUACCCUCAACAACUUCAUCGUGGAGCCCUUUGUCCCCCACCCAGCUGACACUGAGUUCUACGUGUGCAUCAAUUCCGCAAGAGAAGGAGACUACAUCUUGUUCACACACGAAGGAGGUGUCGACGUUGGAGAUGUCGACGCCAAGGCCCUAAAGCUGCUCAUCCCUGCCGACCCCGCCGAAGAGUUCCCCUCGCGAGAGCAGUGGAAGACAACGCUCCUCACCGGUGUGCCCGAGGCCAAGAAGGACACCCUGACCGACUUCCUUGUCCGUCUGUACUCCGUCUACGUGGACCUACACUUCGCCUACCUCGAGAUCAACCCCCUGGUCGUCAUGGACGAUGGUCUCAUCACAUACCUCGACAUGGCCGCCAAGCUUGACCAGACUGCAGACUACCUCUGCGGUCCCAAGUGGGCCAUUGCCCGUGACCCUAGCGUUUUCAGCGAUGCUGCCACCCGUGCACCCGCCGCCAAGGGUGAGGAGCGAGGCCCACCCAUGGUCUGGCCAGCCCCCUUCGGUCGUGACCUGACCAAGGAGGAGGCCUACAUUGCCAAGCUCGAUGCUGGUACAGGUGCUUCCCUCAAGCUCACUGUUCUGAACGCGACUGGUCGAAUUUGGACAAUGGUCGCCGGUGGAGGUGCUUCCGUUGUAUACUCCGACGCCAUUGCCGCUCACGGCUUCGCUCACGAGCUCGCCAACUACGGAGAGUACUCUGGUGCACCUACACAGGGACAGACGUACGAGUACGCCAAGACGCUUCUUGAUCUGAUGACCCGAGGCGAAGUCAACCCCGAAGGAAAGCUCCUCAUCAUCGGUGGUGGUAUUGCCAACUUCACCAACGUCGCAGCCACCUUCAAGGGUAUCAUCCAGGCUCUCAAGGAGUACAAGGUUGCCCUUGCCAAGUACGGUGUGCGCAUCUUUGUGCGACGAGGAGGACCCAACUACCAGGAAGGUCUACGAGCCAUGCGACUGCUCGGAGAGGACCUCGGUGUCGAGAUCCAGGUCUUCGGCCCCGAAACUCACAUCACCGACAUUGUACCUCUUGCUCUUGGCCUCAAGACAAACGAAGAGAUCAGCUUGGCCUCUGUCCAGAAGGACCUGCCCAUCGCUUCUGGCGCUGCCACUCCCGCCGGAGGCAAGUCUGGUCUCAACGGCCAUGGCAACAACGGCGAUGCCAAGGGCACCGGAGCCAUUGACCCUCUGACCGGUCUUCGUGCUCAGCCUCAGGAUCAGAUUGUGCACUUCGACUCUGCCCAGGGUCACUCUCCACGACCGGACCACCUCCCCUUCGAUGAGAACACCCGCUCCCUGGUGUUCGGUCUCCAGCCUCGUGCCAUUCAGGGAAUGCUCGACUUCGACUUCUCCUGCGGCCGAGCUACUCCUUCCGUCGCCGCCAUGAUCUACCCUUUCGGAGGCCACCACAUCCAGAAGUUCUACUGGGGCACCAAGGAGACUCUCCUUCCCGUCUACACCAGCGUAAAGGAGGCCGUGCAGAAGCACCCUGAUGCCGAUGUUGUGGUCAACUUUGCCUCUAGCCGAUCCGUCUACUCGUCUUCGUUGGAGAUCCUGCAGCUGCCUCAGAUCCGAGCUCUCGCUCUGAUCGCUGAGGGAGUGCCUGAGCGAUUCGCCCGAGAGAUUCUGCACCGUGCCAAGCGAGCUGGCGUGCUCAUCAUCGGUCCCGCUACCGUCGGUGGAAUCAAGCCUGGAUGUUUCAGGAUCGGAAACUCCGGUGGUAUGAUGGACAACAUUCUGGCUUCGAAGCUGUACCGAGCUGGAUCUGUCGGCUACGUCUCGAAGUCCGGCGGUAUGUCCAAUGAGCUCAACAACAUUCUUUCGCUCACCACCAACGGAACCUACGAGGGUAUUGCCAUCGGAGGUGACCGUUACCCCAGCACGACCUUCAUCGACCAUCUGCUUCGAUACCAGAAGGACCCCAACUGCAAGAUGCUGGUCUUGCUGGGUGAGGUUGGUGGUGUGGAGGAGUACCGCGUGAUCGAGGCCGUGAAGCAGGGUAUCAUCACCAAGCCCAUUGUUGCUUGGGCCAUCGGAACCUGUGCCAAGAUGUUCACCACCGAGGUGCAAUUCGGACACGCAGGAAGCAUGGCCAACUCCGACCUGGAGACUGCCUCGGCCAAGAACGCUGCCAUGAAGGCUGCUGGCUUCUUUGUGCCAGACACCUUCGAGGAGCUGCCCCUUCUCUUGCGAGAGGUUUACGGUCAGCUCGUUGGCUCCGGCGCCAUCGAGCCCAAGCCUGAGCGCCCUCCCCCGGCUAUUCCCAUCGACUACAAGUGGGCUCAAGAGCUGGGUAUGGUACGAAAGCCUGCUGCCUUCAUCUCCACGAUCUCCGACGAGCGUGGAUCUGAGCUCAUGUACUCUGGUGUCAAGAUCUCCGAAGUGUUCAAGAGCGAGAUGGGCAUUGGCGGUGUCAUUUCCCUCCUUUGGUUCAAGCGACGCCUGCCAGCAUACUGCACCAAGUUCAUUGAGAUGGCUUUGAUGCUGACUGCUGACCACGGACCUGCCGUUUCUGGUGCCAUGAACACCAUCAUCACCUCUCGUGCCGGCAAGGACCUCGUCUCCUCGCUCGUCUCGGGUCUCCUGACCAUCGGUGACCGAUUCGGAGGAGCCCUGGAUGACGCUGCCAAGACCUUCUCUCAGGCCAAGGACCGUGGUCUCACCCCUCGAGAGUUCGUCGACGAGAUGCGCCGCGCCAACAAGCUCAUCCCCGGUAUCGGCCACAAGAUCAAGUCGGUCACCAACCCCGACUUCCGAGUGCAGGUUCUGGUAGAGCACGUCAAGCGCGAGUUCCCAUCGCACUCGAUGCUCGACUAUGCUCUGGCCGUGCAGUCGGUCACCACUGCAAAGAAGGACUCUUUGAUCCUCAACGUCGAUGGAUGUCUUGCAGUCUGCUUUGUCGACUUGCUGCGUGACUCCGGUGCCUUCACCCCUGAGGAGGCCGACGAGUACAUCAAGAUCGGUACCCUCAAUGGUAUCUUCGUUCUUGGUCGAUCGAUUGGAUUCAUCGGUCACCACCUUGACCAGAAGCGACUCAAGGCUCCCCUCUACCGUCACCCUGCCGACGACAUCUUCCUUGGUGGUCUGGAAGAGUCUCGUGUCCUGGCCAAGGGCAAGUAAAAAAGUCGCUUGUCCCAAUAUCGGGCGGUCAUCGGCAAAAUUCAUAGACAAAGCAUAUGCAAUAGAUUUACGGGUGAAGGCAUUUCUUUCUCCCCUCUUUUCAAUCUGAACGAUACUUGGUCAUCUUCUCCUCUCUUU